CCUUCACCGCUUUUAAUAUUGAUCCUUCCAGUUCACCUUCCCCGAAUAUGCCUCCCACUUCUUAUUCCCGCUCGACUGACUUCGAUACAUAUCCAUGAUACAAGAGUUAUAGCUCCAAACCGCUUAUCAUGGAUACCUACCAAGAUGACCUCGACGAGUAUGGAGUCAGUAUAAGGGAGGACCGCCGUCAAAAGGAAAUUAGAGGCGAUGAUUUAAAUUCUGGCAACAUUGAACCUCGCAACGCAACGGCAUGCGUAAACACAUGUUUCGACAGUUUCGUCAACGAUUGGUCUAAGUCGGUUAAUGGAGGGUUUGAGGAUGUUUGCAAUUACAUGUCGAAUGUUCAGCAUAAUACGGAUCUGUGGAAAUUAUACUGCUGUGAUGAAACAAGUUGCGGUGUUUGGAUAGAUGGUGGUAAAGGGCAAAGUCCUAGCGUCGACAAACUCAUCAAUAAAUGCUCUAAUGCUGGCAAUUAUUUGAUUUACGAUCCGGGAGCCCCUUCGCCCGACACAUGUACUGUGGGAUUUAGUAUAGUCGGCAUCUUUACAGCAACGACGACCGCUAAAUCUAGUCCGUCGUCUUCAGCAGUGGGGACUUCUAGACAUAACUCUACACUAUCAGGUGUUACCGCAGCGCCAAGCGCACUGAUGGGCCUUACAGAAGGGAGCAAGGCUGCGAUAGGUAUAUGCUCUGGCUUGGCGAUAAUAGCCAUCCUCUUUCUAGUAGGCUUUAUGAUAUGUCGAAAACGACCACACCCCAAAGAUUAUUCGGAUCGCACCCUCAGUGGAUCUCGUCUUGGUCGCUCAUCUUCUGAGCCGCCAAGCGGUUCACGCACACCUUUAAUCUCACCACCAUCGGCGUCAUCGAAAGGUCCACCAUUAACGCCGCCCGCGCGACUAAGCGAUCGUAGAUUCCUCCCAUCGCUACUUAAGCAGGGCGGCACACCGAACUCGUCAGUAGCGUAUGGUAUGGAGGGGGUAACUUUCCUGGAUUCCCCUCUUAGCCCUUCCGCGGAGAAGAAGUCCGCAGUACGGCAUGAUGAAUGGCCUACAACGGAUACCGUCACAAAGCCACCUACCUCCCCGUCGCAUCCAGCCGCAGUGCAUUUCGCGCCAUACUUUCUGCGCGAUAGUGGUAGCUCGUAUAGUAGCGGGCCCGGAGGAGCCUCGACAACAACAGUCGGAUCCAAUAAACCCGGCUCACUGCAUUCCAGAUCAGCGACAAUCACUGGGACCAGUACACCACCGCUAUUACUACCAUUAUCCCCAAGUCGACCCCAACGUCCCCAUGACGGACCCCUGGAGAUCCCAAAUCUAGUCACACCAGCCGGACCGCCGCCAAACCGUGCUCUUCCAGCUCCGCCUCCGUAUCAUCCUACAUCACCUACAUUCUCCGUAUCCCCCGUGUCUCCUCCAAGCUCACCCAUAUUCCCACUUUCCCGGCAAUUAACAGUACCCAACGACAACAACCACAUCGAUACUAAAGGUCCACCGGAACCUUCACCAAUCGAUCUCGAGGGUUCCCUCCCUGCUUCAACGAAAGAUUUGCGCGACCUCACGGAAUCGUACGCGCGUGAGACGUCGGAGAGUUGGGGAAGUUGGGGAGGGGCUGGGGGUGGAGGACCGGGGGUUAGUAUUAAUGGAGGGAAGAAAAGGGGUCAUAGGGGGAAUAGAGGGUCGAGUGGGGAGAAGAAGGAUAAGGAUAGGGAUAGGGAUAGGGAGAAAGGGUCUACGGCGUCGUUGCCGAAGCUGGAUUUGGAGAAGUUGGGUGGGAAAUAUUGAUGUUAUACGUUAUAAUUUAGCUAGGUAAAGUACCAACAUUGGCAGCGACAGGGGAAUCACAAGUUCUUUGUGAUGUAGUUAGGGUAGUGGGAAUACGGCAUGAUCUCUCGUUGGGUAUACCUAUCCUUACGUUGUUCUCAAAUGGGUUAUAAUUGAGAGAUAGUGGGGCUAUCAUAUAAUGACUACGGGUACGAUUAUAUCUACUAUAUGCGGUUCUAAUAGUGGUAUAUAUGACUGAGACAAGCUGCAAUCGGGGACCUUUGGGAAUUCAUUGCGUGUAUGCGAGAGGCCUAGGUACGACAAAUUGUUUCGUCGAAAGGUGUGUAAGAGAAGUUAACUCUAUCAGAUUCGUCUAGACUGAUCAUCUAUUUGAUAGAGCACUCAAUAUCCUAGAUAAUCGAGGACUUCUGGAUGAAGAACCACCAUAGAAGGACCUUGUACGAAAUGCGCGCUCGAGUAGUUCGCGACGUAGUACAAAGGAAGCAAAAAGCGAGAUUGGAUGCCUCGAUCUAAUAUUAGAGACAAACACGAGGCGUAGCUAGCCGCGACGCGUGUACAUAUACAUAUCCCUUACUCUAGAUACAUUCUAUCCAUUUGCUACCGUACAUAUUAUCCUAUCAUAU